AUGCAAUUAGCUUGACUCAUACGAAAAGUAACUGCACGAAUAUAUAGUGUCAGUGACGCCGGUAGCGGGGUUGAGAGAAGAUGAAGCUCGAUGGUACGGAUAGCGUUUGCGAGAUCUCGAAUUCCUCACCUCCGUGAUCAAUCGUGCUUCUCAACAUGCGUCACUUCACAAUCCGGCUGUUGGCCCUCUGCGGCUUGGCGACUGCCGCAAGCUGCGAAGACCGGCGAUACUCGACAUGGAUGCUCGACAGCAUUAAGGCGCGAAAGCAGGGUAUCAUCUCGUCCGGUGAAUCAAGCAGCUUCCUGGAAACGGGCAUCCUCUCCCUCGCCAUGGAAGCUGCACUCAAGCAGUACCCGGACCUCAAGGACCAAUAUGUGCCUUACUUGGAGGAAGUUCUCAACGAGGGGACUCCCAAUUUGGUCAAUGCGACUUACGUCGCAACCCGACCCCUAGACCGUUUCUCAGUAGCAAACGCUAUCAACGCUAUUUCCAAGUCGGGAAUUGCAACGAUUUCGAACACGGCGUCGGCAGCAUCGAAAGCGAUCAAUGAAUCUCUGUCGCUUCAAAUUCGCAACCCCGUUGGAGGCUUCUGGUACUACGUCUACCCUCAAUGGAGUUACCUGGACGGCAUGUUCUCGGUGCUGCCAUACAUGGCUGCGCAGCCCCAGCCCAACUACACCGAUAUCAGCUUGCAGGUUUCACUGCUCUACGAGCACUGCUUCCAAAAGAACACCUCCUUGGUCGCCCACGGGUAUGACUACUCGAAGACUUCCGUUUGGGCAAAUCAACAGACAGGUGCGAGCCCGUAUGUAUGGGGCCGCGCCGUGGGCUGGUUUGUAGCAGGUUUAGUCCAGACGUGGGAAGCCCUCGACUGUCCCGCCGGCAAGCACGAGGCCAAAGCCGUGUGCAAGCAACUGCAACACAUGACGACGCAAUUGGCUACAUCUCUCGUCCGCUACGCUGACCCCGAAACCGGCGUAUGGUGGCAAUUGACGACGUUUCCUGGACGCAGCGGCAACUACCUCGAGAGUUCCAGCACGGCCUUGUUCAUGUUCUCGAUGCUCAAGGGCGAGAGACUUGGGCUUCUGUCGAACUCGAAGGUGGACUUCAAGAAGGCAGCUCUGAAGGCUUACGACUACACCACCCGAAACUUUGUUGUCGACACUGGAAACGGUACGAUCGGAUACAACAAGACUGUCGCUGUGUGCAGUCUCAACUCUACAGCAUCUUACGAAUACUACAUUCAUCAGCCGCUUUUGCCUAACAGUCUUCUCGGAGAAUCGGCCUUCGUCCUGGCAUCUCUCGAGGUAGAGAGGAAGUAGGGCAAUGAAACCUUGUUGCUAGGCUGCUAUAUAGUCAAUGUAAUCACAUUCUACACGUCUAAUCGAAGUCAUUUGUAAGAGACCAAGAGUCUCAAGGUACACGUCUCAACCAGAACCGUGACAUGCAGGGGUUUGAUAACUUGCGCGCAAGGAAUUGGCUGGAGAUGGUGUAUCUGCCUAGCUUACGAGAGCCAUUUUGAGAAUAGUGCUUAGCGUACAUGCAAAUAUUGACGCAAUGCAUCACACGUCAGCCCGGG